CAGCUGUGUCGGUGGCGUCAGCACUCCAUCGUUCUAUUCCAGUGAUAUGAUCAUGGUACGAUUACAAGCUGCAAUGGGAUCCGAAGGAAUAUGGUGGAGUAGAUAUGCUGCAUGUGCCAUCAGAUCACAUAUGGAGGCCCGACAUAGUUUUAUAUAACAACGCUGAUGGUAACUUUGAGGUGACACUGGCGACGAAGGCGACUCUCAACUACACGGGCAGAGUCGAUUGGAAGCCGCCGGCUAUUUAUAAGUCUUCCUGUGAGAUCGACGUCGAAUAUUUUCCAUUCGACGAACAAACAUGCGUGAUGAAAUUCGGCUCGUGGACUUAUGACGGCUUCCAGGUCGAUCUUCGACACGUCGACGAAAUCGGAGACAGCCCUAUCGUCGACGUUGGAAUCGAUCUUUCGGAGUUUUAUACUUCCGUCGAGUGGGAUUUACUAGCAGUCCCUGCUGUAAGACACGAAAAGUUUUACACGUGUUGUAACGAGCCUUAUCUCGACAUCACUUUUAACAUUACUAUGAGACGGAAGACUCUAUUCUACACCGUUAACCUCAUAAUACCCUGCAUGGGAAUAUCAUUCCUCACGAUAUUGGUGUUUUACCUGCCAAGCGACAGUGGAGAGAAGGUAAGCUUGUCUAUCUCGGUUCUAUUGUCACUGACUGUGUUCUUCCUCUUGCUGGCCGAGAUCAUCCCGCCUACAUCGCUCGUGGUACCGCUUCUUGGUAAAUUCGUCCUAUUCACUAUGAUCCUCGACACCUUAAGCAUAUGUGUAACAGUGGUGGUCCUGAAUGUGCACUAUCGUACGCCGCAAACCCACGUAAUGUCGCCAUGGGUCAAACGCGUGUUCCUCCACGUGCUGCCGAAGUUGCUGGUAAUGCGCAGACCGGAGUAUGAGAUAGAUAAGCAUAGCACGGAUGAGGAUGAACAUGAUGAUCAACGUAGCAUGGAUGGACGCAAUAGUCAUCGCAUUAGGGUCACAUCAUGCAGUAAUUGUCGUGAUUCUCGAGAAAUAACACUGUACAUUGAGUCCUCGCCCCCGAAGCUGACUAAAUCCUCAGCGCGCUAUCCUAGUGUCGACUCAAUGGAUUCUUGGGAGUCGGAAGCAAAUUCAGAAAACAUGUGCCGUGUUCACGGUUCGCGAGGGGCAACGGCUGCGCCAUCCGCAGCGCCCGCGCCGCCACAACUUCCAACAAAGGAGAAUGUCGAUGCUCUCUGUAAGACUCUUCAUGAUUGGCAUCGCUGUCCAGAAAUAAAAAAGGCUAUAGAAGGCAUCCGCUACAUCGCCGAACAUACAAAGAAAGAAGAGGAAUCUAAUAGAGUCAAGGAGGAUUGGAAGUUUGUCGCAAUGGUGCUCGACAGAUUAUUCCUUUGGAUCUUCGGGUUAGCCGUAUUCAUCGGCUCGGCCGGAAUUAUACUACAGGCGCCGACCUUGUACGACGAUCGCAUCCCCAUUGAUUCACAGCUCUCCGAAAUCGCCCCCACCACUGCCACACGUCACGAGCCUCUGAGGAAUUAAUGCCGCGCGUAAAACACAUAUACAAAACACACGUAUAUACACAACAGCCAAUUACUUAUAAUAGGCUGUUGUGUAUAUAUGUAUGUUUCGUAAUAUUACAUCGACA